UUCUGCUACAAACUUCUUCGCAAACUUCCCCUCGCUUGGCCCGAAUUGCGGCCGCGAUGUCCUCGGUGCAGGUGCUUUACCCUCCCAACGUGCACCGCUGCAGCAUGCUCAGCUCGGCGGCGUUCCCCAAAGACGAGCCGGCGCAGGGGAAGGCGACGUUGGAGACGCGCUACCGCUUGGGAGCGUUGAUUGGGAGCGGCGGUUUCGGCACCGUCUACGCGGGGACCCGGCUCAGCGAUUCUCUCCCGGUGGCCAUCAAAUAUGUUGCCAAAGACAGAGUCUUGCAAUUCCAACACAUGAACGGCACCCUGGUCCCGCUGGAAGUCGUGCUGCUGAAGAAGGUGUCUUCGCCGGGCUGCCGAGGCGUCAUCCGCCUCCUGGAUUGGUUUGAGCAGCCCGACGCGUACUUCAUUGUGAUGGAGCGCCCCCUCGUCUCCCAGGACCUGUUUGACGUCAUCACCGACAGGGGCCCACUCCCCGAAAGCCUGGCCGCCGGCUACUUCCGGCAAGUGGUGGAGGCGGUGCGCCACUGCCACCUCUGCGGUGUUUUGCACCGAGACAUCAAGGACGAGAACAUUCUGGUCGACCUCCUGCAAGGAGACCUAAAGCUCAUAGACUUUGGCUCGGGGGCGUUGCUUCGGGAUGCUCCUUAUACAGAUUUCGAUGGCACCCGGGUAUACAGCCCACCUGAGUGGAUAAAAUACCACCGGUACCACGGCGUGUCUGCCACUGUGUGGUCCUUGGGAGUGCUGCUCUAUGACAUGGUGUGCGGGGACAUCCCUUUCGAGCGCGACGAAGAUAUCCUCCUUGGGAAACUCCACUACCACUGCAGGGUAUCCUCAGACUGCCGUCACCUGAUUGAGUGGUGCCUCUCGCUGGCCCCAGAGAACCGGCCUUCGCUGGAGCAGAUCUUGGCCCAUCCUUGGCUCCUUGCCUUCUUGGAGCAAGGCGGACGCAAAGCCCAGCAGCCCACUGUCCCCAAAGCUGGCACGAGCCUGUGACUCUGGUGGCCUCCGGACAGCAGUACUGGGGUGGGCCAUUGCAGAAGGGACGGACGUAGCACGGUUUCUCCUGCGACGGCGGGCUGACGUACUCAUUGCCUUGUUAUUCCUGCUGAUAGCUGAGUUCCUGCCCCUGGGUGGGGCGACACGACACCCCAGGUCUGUGGCAGGGACGCUGCCCACCCCAACUAGACAAGGGGGUCUGGCGUGCAGCCCCUGACCCCCCCAAGACAAAAGAGACCAAUGAGCACUGCUCUGUUUACACAAGGACUGUCCCCGUUCCCCAGCGAGGGCUGCAGAAGACUGGCAGCGAGUGAACAGUGUUUAAAGCCAUCUGUGCUGGCUUCCUCUUGUUACGCCUUUGUCAGUAUUGGGAGUUUGGUGGACCUCUGGACCGACCUUCAGGCACCAGGACUGGAUCGGCGUUUCGAUGUGACGCGGGUGCAAGGGGUUGUUUCUUCUGGUGGUCAGCUUCUUAUUUAUUUGGCGUGACGUUCCUUUGGUGGGGAGCCCCCCCCCUCCGGGUCCUUCCUGCUCCUGUUGUUGUUUUUUUUGCUAAGCCAUCAUCUACCUGCUGUGGUUUUUUGGGCAUAGAAACACUUUCUCCGGCCCAGCCGGGAAGUGACAUGGUUAUUGUGAACAGCCCCAUGCUUCCAUUCCUGUCCAGCCAUUCCAAGUCUGAAUCCAGUUUCCUCUAGUGCCUUGACUUGAUGGGCGUGUGUGUGUGUGUGUUUUACCCCCUCUUCCUUUCACUUGGGUGAAGUUAAAGGAGUGGCGGGGGGAAAGCGGGCCCCACUUAACCUCAUCAAUAAGUGAAAACGAGAGAAAAAAAUAAAUCCAUGAGUUGCUGGGUUUCUUUGUCAGAGUUGAUCAAAACCCCUGGUGCCAGCUCUGUCCCGUACAAAUGAGGACCUGGAGUUGUGUUUGCCGCUUUGAAUUUGAAAGGCAAAUCAAAGGAAGAUUUUGAAACUUCGGAAAGCACUGGUGCUAGGUAUUUUGGCCCUGCCAGCCAGCCAACCACUGGCAGCUUGAAGAACUUUCUGUUUCUGUCUUGCCAACUUGAAGCUCACAGUGCAAGAAGGGUUAGCCUACUUGGUGCCCACCAGAUUUGGAAGUUGCUGUUAAGGCUCCCAACUCCCAGCAGCCCCAACUUGCAGGACUGAUGGUCGGGGGAUAGCGGUGGGAACUGCUAGUCUAAAUGUCUGGUGGGCACCAAGUUGGCUAUUCCUGCUGACUACUUUUCUCACCAGUUUCCAUCUGUCAGCUCCUCCUCGCGGGAGAUCUUGAAGUUUGGUCUGUGCUUGUGGAUGCUGCAGAGUAUUGUUUUUUCUCCCCCCCCCUCCCCCAGUGGCUCUGAUCCCAGCCCACCCAAGUGGUAGCCUGUAAAUGUGAGGCCUUUAUUAGCACAGAAGCAGGUCCGAUGGUGCCACAGAUAUUUUUCUAAAGCUGAAAAAAAUCCUCUUUCAGCCACAGGUUGAGUAUCUCCCCACCUUCGUUUGUGUGUGUGCGUGCUUUAGAAUCUGAGAGAACAACAGGAGCCUAUAGCAUUGGCUGAUUCUUGGAGGUAUGUUUCCCUUGGGGCAUCUGAAAUAAUUAGGUCCAAUGCCUUCUUGUCUUUUUAAUGGGAGGUGGUUCUUCAAAAGAGUGCUGGCAGGGCCUUCGCCAGCUCCUUGCAUUGGCCCCAGAGAGGGUCUGGGAUAUGUAUUUUUAAGGAUAGCUAGUGGGCCCCAGCCUCUGGCAGAUUAAAGCCUGAGUGGUGGAACAAUGCCCUUCUCUUAGCCCAAGUCUCCUCCGAUCACUGUAGAAUUUUAUUUAUGUCAAAUCACAGGAGGAGAGGCAGAUAUUAGCGCCAGGGGCCAUUAAAUCUGACAGUAGCGAAUCGACUUCACACUGUACAUUUCAAGCACCGUGAUACGCUUUUAAACAUUCGUGGCUUUUUCCAGAGAAUCCUGUGGGCUGCAGUUUGUUAAGGGUGCUGAGAGUUGUUAGGAGACCACCUCCAAUUCCCCUACAGUUCCCAGAGUUUCCUGUGGAGAGGAAUUUAAUCUCUGUGAAGGGACUAGUGGUUUCUUGACAACUCAGCGCCCCACA